ACGAGUUAGACAGUCUCUAAUAAAACCAUCUACCAUGGCAUUCCAAUACUUUGCUUUAUUUGCCCUGAUUGCUGUCGCCAGUGCAGUCGUCCUUCCGUUAGCAGUAAAACACGUCGAGUAUGCCGAUGGCCCAGCCGAGUAUCAGUUCGCUUAUUCCGUUCAUGAUGAUCACACCGGAGACAUUAAGAGCCAACAGGAACAACGUCACGGAGACAACGUGGUUGGACAGUACACCCUAAUUGAUGCCGAUGGUUUCCGCCGCGUCGUAGACUACACCGCCGACGAACACAAUGGAUUUAACGCCGUGGUGCGCCGUGAGCCGCUGUCUCAAAAGAUUGUCAAGACAGUGGUGCCAGUGGCCAAGGUGGCGUACCCAACAUACUAUCACCAUUGA